CCCAUAUGAUUUUGUUUCUUGAAGAAAUCUAUUUGCCUUUCCUAAAAAACCAUUACCUGCACUUUCGCACAGGAAUGAGGGAAUGCAACAGAGGAGCGCAAACGACGCUCCCCUAUACAAUGCUACAGUGUAUAAUAAUCACACAGCCACAGAAAAAUUUGAUGUUCUUGGAUAUGAAGUUCAUGACUCUUAGUACCCCAAGUUUAUGUUUAACGCAGAAUGGAACACUACAAAGCAAAUUAAACAAUACCAUUUCCUCUCAUCUCGUCACAAUAAAACAAUCAAGAAGAAUAAUCACAUGGACAGUCCCACCACCCCUGAGAAAACCCCACUUCUCCCAGUUGAGGAUAAUUCAAUCCAAAAAUCAAAGAGCAGCUGCUUCUGUUCGUCAUUGAAAUCAGUUCUAACAUCCAACAAUCUCUCCAUUCUCCUAGGACCUAUUUUGAGCACCAUUGUGUGCCUUUGUGUCAAGUUCGAUGGCAAUGUGACUAGCCGGAACAUGCUCGCUGUGCUUUCUUGGAUCUUCUCCUGGUGGCUCACAGAGGCUCUGCCUAUGCCAAUAACAUCAAUGUCUCCACUCUUUCUCUUCCCAUUCUUCGGCAUUACCUCCGCGGAUGAUGUUGCACACUUGUACAUGAACGAUGUCAUUGCCCUUGUUCUUGGAAGCUUUAUUUUGGCUCUUGCUGUUGAGCAUUAUAACAUCCAUAAAAGAUUGGCCUUAAAUAUUACACUGUUAUUCUGCGGAGAUCCUCUGAAUCCGCCAUUGCUGCUUCUGGGAAUAUGUGCGACCACAGCUUUCGUUAGCAUGUGGAUGCACAACGUGGCAACGGCGGUGUUGAUGGUGCCGGUAGCCACCGGAAUCCUUCACCGCUUUCCGACGGGUCCCAACCAGCCGGUCGUUGUGGGAAAGUUUUGCAGAGCUGUGAUUCUAGGGGUGAUAUACUCAACAAGCAUAGGAGGGAUGAGCACUCUCACUGGGACAGGUGUGAAUCUCAUAUUGAUCGGAAUGUGGAAGAGCUAUUUUCCAGAAGCAAAGCCGAUUACAUUCAGCACCUGGUUCCUUUUCGGGUUCCCUUCGGCUUUGUUGAUGUUCUUCGCAAUGUGGGCGAUCCUUUGCUUCUUGUAUUGCUCGAGAAGCUCGGGCCAGGCUCUCUCUUCUUAUUUCGACAAGGACUAUUUGAAGAAAGAGCUCGAGAUGUUGGGUCCAAUGGCUUUUGCUGAGAAGAUGGUUUUGGCUUUGUUUUCGAUGCUGAUUUUCUUGUGGAUGACAAGAAGCAUAACAGAUGAUAUUCCUGGCUGGGGAGUCCUCUUCAAAGGGCGUGCCGGCGAUGGAACUGCUAGUGUUAUGGUAGCAACUUUGUUGUUUAUUGUUCCAAGCAGAAAGCAAAAGGGUGAGAAGUUGAUGGACUGGAACAAAUGCAAGCAGCUACCCUGGAACAUCAUAUUGUUACUAGGUGCUGGUUUGGCCAUAGCAGACGGAGUCCGAUCAAGUGGCCUUGCAGAUAUAUUGUCGAAAACAUUGGAUUUCUUGGAGGCAGUCCCAUAUUUAGCUAUGGCACCUGCUGUGUGUCUCAUAAGCAGUACCAUCACUGAGUUGAUUACAUCCAACAAUGCCACUGCGACGCUUAUUGUGCCUCUCCUAAUUCAGAUGGCAAAAACUAUACACGUGCAUCCACUGCUUCUUAUGGUUCCCGGAGGCAUUGGUGCGCAGUUUGCUUUCUUGCUUCCCACAUCAACCCCAUCAAAUACAGUUGGAUUUGCUACCGGGCACGUUGAAAUCCGAGAUAUGAUCAUGGUUGGUUUGGCAUUAAAGAUUGCUGGGAUUGCUGUGCUUUCCGUUUUGAUGCCUACACUAGGAGCUUUUGUUUUCGGGACAAAUGCACGAGUUGGAUGACUUGAAAAUGAAUGUUAUAGUGUCUUGCAAAAACUUGGGCACAAGAAAAUGCAUUGAUGAAAAGCAACAGUGCAGAUGGACAGGUGAGGAAGUAGACUUUCAGAAACUGUACGCGGUUGCAAAAAUAGCAAGGAGUACUGAAAUGGCAUGCAAAACUAGCAGUCUAGCACAAACCACAAUUAUAGAAAAUCUAAAGUAAUAAAAAUUAAACAAGCAUCAAAAUUCAUCUACAGCUUGUUUAGACAAUUAUUAAGUUCAUAUUUAAUCCUCAAAAUUCAUCUACAUUAUUGGAUCUAAGAGUUCAACGUUUUUUCUUGGGGGAAAUGAAUCGAUCAAUCCUCAAGGAGAGAGAUCAAUUAUCAA